CAUCCCUUCGAAAGCAGGGCGAUGCAGGGAUGCCGGAGCUGCGGCAGCUUCACUGACCGAUAGCGUGACAAACACUCGCUAAAAAGGCAGGAGGAAGGAGGAGGAGGAGACGCUGUGGAGGACGGGGAGGAGGAAGAGGAGGAGGAGAGGGCAGGAGGAGGAAAGGAAGAAGAAAGACACCUCCGUCAAAAGGGACGGCGGCGGAGAGGGGACGGAGAAAGGGGCGGAUGGAGAAGAGAAGAAGAGCCGAGGGUGUUGCGGCCAUGAUGUCGGACGCACCGUUGCAGAGGAACGGCAUGGCAACAGUACGGAUGUCGUGUGAGGAGGCUCAGCUCCACAAAGAGAGGCUGCAGGCCUUGGCGGAAAAGCGAAAACGUCAAGCCGAGAUCGAAGACAAGAGAAGGCAGCUUGAUGAUUUGGUUUUGCAGCUACAACAUCUCAAGUCCAAAGCCACGCGGGAGCGAUGGCUCCUCCAGGGAAUGGCAGCAGAACAAGAGGAGGCACGGCGGAAGCAGCUGCAACUGGACGAGGAGCACGGGAAGAGGCUGGAAGACCUUAUACAGAGGCUGGAAUCUGAAAUCGGUACGCUUGAGAGUGAGGAAUCUCUGAUCUCAGCUAAAGAGCGGGCUUUACGGGAACGCCUCAAGGAGACGGAACGCUCAAUAGAAGAUCUGCAGAAGAGUCUGAUGGCCAAUGACGGAGUGGAGGCCACCGACUGUACAUCCGCUCCUCUCUCGAGCGGCGCGGAUCUCGAUCGCGAGCAACUAUCCCUGGCCACGCAGCCCCGGAGCAGCCCACCUGCGCCUGGAGAGAAGGCAGCACUGAGACCCGCAAUGUUUGCCAUGGAGAUCAACGUGCAGCACGACCCUCAGACCGGCGAACAGCGCAUCCUGUCAGCGAACCGCAUGAACCCGUCAGAAGCGGGCUCGCGCGGUGUCAAGAUCUACGACGACGGCAGGAAAGUCGUCUACGAAGUCACGAGCUGCGGGGGGGUGUCCACGACCUCGGUGGAGAACGGGUGGAGCUCCUCGCGGGUCGACCAGCUAAUCCAGAGAGCGGCUAGAUCUGGCGAAGGGGGAGAUGAAAGGAGGGCUCAGGUAUUGGUUACCCCCGCUGCCCCACAGGCCGAUGCCUCGCCGACGGCUACGGACGAUCUGUCCCCACCAUCCUGCGCCCCGCCCUCCAUCCCAUCGAGCCCACCUGCCCAGGUCACCCUGCAGAGAGAGACUCGGCUCGGCAUGAUGCCCCCAUCCUCGGCUCCUAUCGUGACGCAGCCCGGCCCAUCAGCCCAGCCGGGACCAGAAGUUAGCUCCGUGCCCCGAGCCAGCGCCGAGCAUCCGGUCACCAUGGUGUUCCUGGGCUACCAGGACCUGGAAGACACGAGCGAGAGCCGGCGGCUGCUCGGUUUCGACGGCGCCGUCAAGGCCGAGGUGGUGCUGAUCGAUGAAGAUGACGAGAAGUCCCUGAGGGAGAAGACGGUCACCGACCUGUCCAUCAUCGACGGCACGGCGGCCGACCUCGUGUCGGGCCGGCCGGUCACAUCCGAGGCCGCCAGCACAGAACUCUCGUCGGACGGCCGCGAGCACGACAGCGCCGCCUCGCCGCCGCCAAACCCCGAAGCCAACAAAGCCCCGCCUCCCGGUCUCACCCCUGCCACAGGCUGUGGGGUUAUCGGAACAACAACAAACGGACAUCAGGUGGAGAUGCCGAGUAGAUAUCCUCACACUGCCAUGAAAUCGUGGCAGGCACCCGAGGAUGUCAGUGGCGCAAUACCUAAAGAGCGAGCCUUAAAGAGUGUUACUUUCCAGGAAUCAGUCAGCAUCAUCACUGACGGACCGCUCAUCAUGGAAGUGGAGAGCCAGCAGAUUCAACAUGGCUGCCUCAGUAGAUCAAGCGUCCAGGGCCAAAGUGUCGAGCUGAAGACAGUGACAUCCGACAGCGAUGUCGAGCAGGAGAUCCGCUACCUUGAUCAGGUACUGGAUGCGGCCUCAGAAACACCCACUAAUGGAAACUCCUCCCCAUCUGCAUACACCAAACCCAUCAGCGUAGAUGGAAUGUACUCGUCUGUGUGUGUGUCCAAUUCCUCUCCUGGUUGUCAUCAGCCAAUCUUUGUGGAGGGGCAAAGACAAACCACCUUCCUACAUCAGGAUGAAUCCAGUGCAAAAACCAACGGGCAUACGCCAACGGAGGAACCGAGCCACAGCGGUGCAAAAUUUGAGCUCAGAGCUUUCCAGGAGGAAAGAAGGCCGGCAAAACUUUACACCCCAGGAGAAGAGCAGCACGUCAGAGUGACGAGGAGACGAAAUCCAGAUGAGGUCCAGGAGUUGGAGCGUGAGCGUCAAGAGCUGAUCCGAGACCAGGCAGUGAAGAAAAACCCUGGCAUCGCUCAACGUUGGUGGAACCCUCCACAGGAGGUUCCUUUGGAGGAGCAACUGGACCCCGAACAGCUCGAGUCUCUCCGAAAAUACCAAGAGAGAAAAACGCAGAAGCAGAAUUCAUCUUAUUCAUACACACAGCCCCAAGUUACUGGACCUCCCACGCUGGUGACUUUUGACCCAGAGUUAAUCAGGAAGGAAGACAUUGUGGAAAACAAGAUUGACUUCUCAUCUGCCAGAAAGCAAUUCCUGCAAGCGGAAGUGACCAAGAAUUCCAUAGCUCCUCACAUAUACUCUGCCAGACCCUUUUCCAAGUCCAACCAUGGGAACAGCAACACUGUUCCAGAAACCGGAGAGUGUCAUGUGACUUGGUCUGAUGAAGGCAUUGCAGGAGAAUUUACCAGCGUUCGUGCUUUCAUGACAAAUGUAAGUGAUGAAGAGGAAGGGAAGAGCCAGAUACCCCAAGGCUAUCACCCCGAGGAGUCAGACUCGGGACUGGAAGAGUUAUCAGUUCGCUCUCAGGACACAACGGUGUUUAGCUUGGAUAGCGUUUCAGACAGUGGGGCCUCACUUCCACCGACACCGCUACCACUGACCCCAGUGUCACCGUCUACCCCUCAGCCCACUACGCCAGUCAACGGGCGAACCACUGGCAGUGCAGCGGAGCAUGAGCUUGAAUACCAAGCAGAAGUCCUUGUCCAAAAUGUGAUCCAAAAUGCCCUCUCGACAAAUGGAGAUGACUGGCAGUCAUCUCUCCCGAACUUAGAUUCUUCACAGAUGAGCAGCCCUGUGUCUUCACUCUCCGCUUCAACAAGUAGUCCAGUGCCAGUAUCUUCCUCCCCUGUGUCUUUUGGGGAAGCUGACCAUCUACAGUCAGCUGUCCCCCUCAGAGCUGCUACAUCUGAGGAACAGGUUGCUUUCCAAGAGAAGCCUAUAAAAACACAAGAGCAACAGUCAACCUCAUCCAGUCCGACUCAGUCAUCGCAAUCCUCUCCAACUCCUUCUCAGCCUAUAUCUCCACCACAGAGACCCAAAGUGGGAGGACCGAGAAUCAAAAUCCAGUCUUCUUACACGAGAGCACUCGCUUCCUCGGCCCCGGUUGCUGCGCCGGAUCCUUGCCCUGUGAACACGGCCAAUGUACCCAGGCCAGCCACAGUCUGCCGUCCCCCUUCCCCUCCAAGUCCUGAAAAGUCAGAGUUCAGCUACUUCAGUAAGUAUUCCGAAGCGGCUGAGCUACGUAGCACAGCAGCGGCAACAAAAGGCCCUGAGGUGGAAGUGGCAAGCGGACCAUUCCGCCUUCGCUCCAAGAAACAGCGUACGUUGUCCAUGAUCGAGGAAGAGAUCCGAGCAGCUCAGCAGAGAGAGGAAGAACUGAAGAAACAGAGAGAAGUGCAACCUUCUGCCAUUCCUCAAAUUCCUGCAAGAACAGGAGUACGGAAAACCACCAUAUCCCCGGCAGACAAGUUGAAGAGCAACAGCUUGCCAACAAGACUCACACUGACAUCAAGGACAGCACCAGGAAAGAUCGAGAAGGUUCGACCUGCUCCGCCUGUCUCCCCUUCGCCGUCAGAAGGGGCGCUAUCUGACGCCGGCAGUGAGGAUUCCGGAGGAUCUCGGCCCAAAAACUUCAUGCAGACUCUCAUGGAGGACUAUGAAACACACAAGGUGAAGAGGAGGGAGAAAAUGGAGGACAACAGCGUCUUGGAGGCCACUCGCAUCACCCGGAGGAAAAGCGACAUGGCCCUGAAGUGGGAAGCCGGAAUCUACGCCAAUGAGGAUGGUGAAGAGGAGGAAGAAGAGGAGGAAGAGUGAAAAUAGGAUGGGAAGGAAAAAGGACAAGCAGGGGAAGCAGUAUUUGUUUUAUUCUUAGUGUUCUGAUGAUCAAUUCUGGUCUGACCAGUGGAGCUCAAUGAGGAAGUGUAUCAAUUUCUGGACGGGGAUUCUGCAAGUGGAACAGAAUGUAGGUGAUGCAAGAGCAUGAGACGAAAAGAGGGUGAUGCAAAAGACAAUUUGCAUUCAAGAUGCAAGAAGGAAUCGUGGAUAUGUCAAUUUUCUUUUGAAAGGUUGCCUGAAGGUCACUGAAGGUUUUGUGUGCUUGACAGCCACCAAUCAUCCGUUGAAUACGUUUAAACAUCAGUCUGGCAUGUUCGUGAGGCCUCACAUACUGUAUUCAUCAUCAAUAUACGGAGAGGCUGCGUUUCCAAUAUUUGCAGCUGUCGACAGCCGUUCAGGCAGCCACGUUCCAUCAUGAGAUCCUCCACUGCCUGAGACUGGCGGAUACGAUUUCAUCUCCAAUCCCAUUUGGCCACAAUUUGAUUCAGAGAGUGAGCAAGAAGCAACAAUAGAACGAAGGUUGUCAAUAUUCCGUCUCAUUUAGUGACUUCGUCUCUGUGAGGUUUUAACAGGAAGGGGAAAAAGUCAUGUUUGUGUAUCAGGAGUUUUUGAGCAGGCUGUAGAACAGUAUUGUACACCGUAUAUAUCGCGGUCCUCUAAAAUCACUUAUUUUACCAUUGGUUUGUUGAUGAUGUCUUUUGUAGGCGGCAGUUGUAUCAUAUUAUGAGGUAGGAUUGUGUAUUUGACAGAUGCACAUUUAGUCCCAGUGUACUUAUUAUACUUGCAAGGUGACUACCGUGUGAUGGCAAAUGUUGAAAAAGAAUGAAACUUUGUUUUAUAAAAAGCGGUGAGAAAAAGAGAACCAGUUUGCCUCUUUAAGACAAUGAAUAUUCAUCACUCGACAGCAAAUCAUGAAACCGACUCGACAAUGAUCUGGGAUGAAUGUAAAUCCCGGCUACGUGUUCAAAAGAGUGAACGAGAGCACAAGGAAUGAAUUCUAUUUACAAGUGUUUAUACUUUAGUGUGUGUUUCUAUGCCACUUGAACUGAAAAGUAGCAGUAACGUUCUACUCUUCGGUCUUUUUUCAGAUUUUUUUUUUUUCCCCCUCAGCAUGCGAAUGUCAAGAGGAUGGUGAGAAUGCUUUUAAUCCAAAAGGUCACCAUUUUAAUCUGCCAGAGUGUCUUGCUCCAAGUGUCCUUCAGCUCGACACUGACCUGUCCGCACCCUCGACCUCACUCAACUCAAUCCUCAGCAAAACAUUCAAUGCAAACACAAACUGAGGUAGUGUGCUCACUACGGUGAGAAUUGUGGUCAACUUAAACACAACACGCCCUGAUUGUAUUCAUAACUAUGAUCACGUGUCUGGAAAUUAUUCUUUGUUUUAUCUGUUCUGUCAAACAACCAGGAUUGAAAGCAAAGAAUGUGCCGAGAUGUUUUCUCUCAAAAAAAAGGAAACCAAAACCAAAAAAAAAAAAAGCUCUGAUUCAAAAUCUCCCUUAUUAUUAGUUUUACACAUGAAAUAAUAUAUUUAAAUUAUGUAUCCCUUUUGCGGUAACGCUAAUGCAAUAUGACACAGGUGCAGGACAAGGGGCAAAAUGAAGCCUGUCAAGUGUUGACAAAGCUUUCUUAAAAAGUAUUUGAAAGACUUGUUGAGUUGGUGUGCUACAUAAAAAAAAAAAAUUUAAAAAAAAGAAUGCACUCCGGGAUGAAUCCUUUGCAUUGCAUGGUAAUUUUAUUGGCUUAUUUAAAUGCACUCAGAGCAUCAGUUGCUUCGUACGACUGACUUUGAUGAAUAUGCGGCUUUUUCGUUUGAAUUCUUGAUGCAGAGAUGAUUUUAUUUAUCUUUUGAAAAGCUGGUAGCUUGGUUUUUACCCAUCCUGAGUCGCUUCAGUGUGUGACGAUGCAAUUUUAUGGUCGAGAUUAUAACCUCUGUCCUUAUGCAGUUAACCACUCGUAUGUUCAUAUUGAUAAUGUGCUCCACUUUAUAGCACGUGUACGGCUCACAGUUAUCCGCCUGUUAUACAUAUUAUAAAUAUUUUCUCAUUAAAUACAAAACCUGACAA